CAGGCCACACUAACCGGCUAAGCUAGUGCUUGCUAGCCAUGGCGUCGACGUCUCUGAUCAGAGCCAUAUCCCAGCUCCUCCUCGUGUUCUUCGUACUACUCAUCCUCCUUACCAAUGCGCACACCCUGACACCGUCGCCGCUGCGGCCGGCGCCCACGCCUCCGACGGCGGAGGCUGAGGCGACAGGCAUUUCGCCCGGGCUCGUCUCCACGAUGCGCGAGACGCUGGACGUGAUCAGGAACGUGGCAUCCAUCAUCUCGUCCUUCCCCAUCGGCGGCAUCCUUGGCGGCGGCGACCUCCGCCUCUCGUCCGCCGUCGCCGACUGCCUCGACCUCCUCGACCUGUCCUCCGACGAGCUGUCGUGGUCCAUGUCCACCACCUCAUCGUCGGCCUCCCACCCGUCCAGCGCAGGGGCAGGCGGCCGCCUUGGCACCGGCGACGCCCGCUCCGACCUCCGGUCGUGGCUGAGCGGCGCGCUCGGGAACCAGGACACCUGCAAGGAGGGCCUCGACGAGACAGGCUCCGUGCUCGGGUCGCUCAUCGCCACGGGGCUCGAGGCCGUCACUUCUCUCCUCACCGACGGCCUCGGCCAGAUCGCGGCCGGUGACGCCGCCACGUUCUCUGCGUCGUCCCGCGUCAGCUUGAGCGACCGGCGCGGACUCGCCGAGGCUGGGACCCCGCGCUGGCUGCGCACAAGGGAGCGGCGGCUGCUGCAGAUGCCGGUGGGGCCCGGGGGGCUGCCGGUGGAUGCCGUGGUGGCGAAGGACGGGAGCGGCAACUUCACUACGGUGAACGCGGCCGUGGAGGCGGCGCCGGCGGAGAGCGCGGCCCGGUACGUGAUCUACGUGAAGAAGGGCGUGUACAAGGAGACAGUGGACGUCAAGAAGAAGAAGUGGAACCUGAUGCUGGUCGGCGACGGCAUGGGCGUGACGGUCAUCUCCGGCCACCGGAACUACGCCGACGGCUACACGACGUACCGCAGCGCCACCAUCUCCGUGAACGGCAAGGGCUUCAUCGCGCGGGACCUGACGUUCGAGAACACGGCGGGGCCGGCGAAGCACCAGGCGGUGGCGCUGCGGUGCGACUCGGACCUCUCCGUCUUCUACCGCUGCGCCUUCGAGGGGUACCAGGACACGCUCUACGCGCACUCCCUCCGCCAGUUCUACAGCGACUGCCGCGUCACCGGCACCGUCGACUUCGUCUUCGGUAACGCCGCCGCCGUCUUCCAGAACUGCACCCUCCUCGCGCGCCUCCCGCUGCCCGACCAGAAGAACUCCGUCACCGCGCAGGGCCGGCUCGACGCCAACAUGACCACCGGCUUCGCAUUCCAGUUCUGCAAAGUCUCCGCCCACGACGACCUCCUCCGCGCGCAGCAGGGUGGCGCCGGCAACCAGACCGCCGCGGCGCCAACGCAGACCUACCUCGGCCGGCCCUGGAAGCAAUACUCCCGGGUAGUGUUCAUGCAGUCGUACAUCGGCGCGGUGGUGCGCCCCGAGGGGUGGCUCGCGUGGGACGGCGAGUUCGCGCUCGACACACUCUACUACGGGGAGUACAUGAACACCGGGCCCGGCGCCGGCAUCCGCGCGCGGGUGAAGUGGCCGGGGUUCCACGUGAUGACCAGCCCCGCGGAGGCCAGCAACUUCACCGUGGCGCAGUUCAUCGAAGGCAACAUGUGGUUGCCGCCCACCGGCGUCAAGUACACGGUCGGACUCACGUCUUGAGUCUUGGUAGUGCGAGAGGUCUAGAGUUAGCUGUGCUAUCAUACUACAUCAAACAAUACAUAACUAGCAGGUGGCCCGUAAAAUUACACGGCUAGUACAUGCAAUUGUUCAUGUACCGUUGUACCAUUCUAAU